ACAUAGGUAGUCCGACUUACAAACUCACAAAAAACCAAUGAAAAAAGCAAAAAGGUCGCCAAAAUCUUGCUUCUGUAGAAAAAUACCAAUCAAAUACAUCGAUCUUCACAAAUAUCCUAAAACUAAAUAAACGAUGUGAUUUCAAACUAAAACUUGACAAUAACGCUUAAAAUUAACGACGAAACUUAAAGCUAAGAUUUAAAAGUAGAGCUUAAGACUAAGGCUUAAAGCUAGGACUUAAAACCACCUGUUUCAAAUCAGACAAUGCAUCUUUGUAUAAAAAGUACACACUAUGGACUAAUCCUAGAUAUAUUUAUCUUAAUAUUAAUUAAAACCAAUCCACACACACAUCCCACGAUGUCCCUGCGAUUUUUCACGACGGAUGCGGAUUUUUCAUGGCAGACGUUACCAAUUUAAUAAGAUAUUUAAAGUAGCUAAUCAUACAAAGGAUGCAUAGAUUUACCGACGUAAUACAAUAGCAUUGUUGAUUACAGAAACAAGAUCGCACUGCGCAACGUCCGUUUAACAUUUUUCUGACUUUUUCUUUAGCAUCCUUUGGUUUAUAUUUAAGAUUUCAGGGUGGCAAUCUUGUUGGCGAAUAGUGCAAUCGGUGGCCACGAGAGUAUCUUAUCCCUACGAUAGUGUACGUGGAUUUACAAUAAUACAAGUAUUGAUGUAAAAAUGUAUUAAGUUUAAAAAUGGUUGAUAACAACUCACCUCUAACUAAUCUUUGGGAUACACUAUCCAGUGCAACUACAUUUGACAGAGGUAACAAUGCAAAUCCAACACUAUGUUUGGACAAUGAAAGUAAUCUGAACAAUAGGCAAAUUGUGAGCAUAGUUAGAACUUCUACUAGUCUUUUAAUUGAAUCACUUGUACAGCAAUUGUGUAUACUAUUUGAAGAUGAUUCAGUACGCAGAAAUAAAUUGUAUUUUGCUAUUUGUGAUAGACUUCAUAAAUUGAAACUAAUUGAUGAUUCCUACAAUAUGAUAGAAUUCGAACCAUUAAGAAAUCAAUAUCAACAAGCACUAUAUCGCUUGUUUACAGUUACACGUGCAGCAGCCGGUUGUGAAAAUUCACUUCAGAUUUCAAGUUUAUGUAGACCAUCAAUGACAGAAUGGUCUCGGUAUCAUAGAGAGUUUCAAGAAAUAAGUUUUAUUGCUGCUGGAGGAUUUGGUUAUGUUUUUAAAGCUUUACAUCGUCUUGAUGGUAUUGAAUAUGCCAUUAAGAAGAUAACAGUUCGUUCUGAUCGAGUUAAAAAUAUAAUGCAGCAUCUUGAAGAAGUGAAAACUCUUGCCAAAUUAAAUCAUACCAAUAUAGUUUCAUAUAAAGGUGCAUGGAUUGAACCAAUGUUGCCUUCAAGGCAGCAUUUAGUAUCCCUAAGUUAUUUGCAAAGCAGAUUAGGUUCUAUUGAACAUGACAAAACAAAUGAAUAUAGAUCGUUGAUAAAUCAGACUUCCAGUUCACAAAGUCAACAAAGUUUGGAUACCGGGAGUAGUGAAAGUCCAAAAGAAAAUGACAAACAGAACAUGUUGUCACAACAUAGUAAAUGGACAAAUUAUAAGUCUGAAGAAAAUGUUAAGAAGGAUGAGGAGAGAACUAAUUCAAACAGUAUAUCUUUUAGAAACGAUAGCGAACAUCAAAAUAAUAAAAUAGAAAAUAAUACAAAUUAUACUGAUGGCAGUAAUUCAUAUGAAGAAUCCAGUAAAAAUAAGAUGCUUUUACCAUAUAUACCUCAAACAAAUAAAUAUACAACAUUGUAUAUUCAAAUGGCUCUUUGUGAAAAAACACUUCAACAGUGGCUUGACGAAAGGAUAGAAGUAACGCCACAAGAAAUGCUCGUUGCAAUAUUAACACAAACUCUUCAUGGUUUAGACUACAUACAUUCUCGUGGAAUUGUGCAUCAUGACAUAAAGCCAAGCAAUAUAUUUAUUUCAACAUCAGGACAGCUACAAAUACAGUUAGGAGAUUUUGGAUUAGCUUGUCCAUUACGAAGUGAAAAUCACCAUUCCAUAAUAGGAACACAAAUGUAUGCAGCGCCAGAGCAACUACAAGGAAAAUGUGAUCCUAAAAGUGACAUAUAUAGUUUAGGAAUAGUCCUUUUAGAGUUGAUAGUGCAUACAAGAACUCAUAUGGAAAGAAUUGAAAUAAUUAAUAGUUUGAAAAUGGGACAUAUACCAACAACACUAGCUGCUACUCAUCUUAAGUGGGCGCAUAUAGUAAGUCAAUUAGUUCAAGAAAUGCCCGAAAAUCGGCCAUCAACGAAUCAAUUGUUACAAAACUUAAACGAAGAUAAAGAUAUGAUGAUAGCGCGUUUAAAGAUUGACAUUGCUAAAAAAGACGAUGUAAUACAAAAAUUACAGGAAAGGAUAUUAAUAUUAGAAGAACAAAUGGUUAAACAUAGUAUAUCGUUACAAGAUAUAUAAACCUUUGUAUUAUUAGACUGAAAAAAAUAGCGAGUUUUUUUUUAGAAAAGAAGCAUAUAGCAUUACUUUUUAAAACUCCGUGAUAAAAUAAUAAAGAGAGUACUCUUGUACGAA